GAGUGGAAAACCUCACCUGUCACAACCUCUGGGAGGGUGGAGGCAGGAAUCGGGAAAUAAACAGCGAAACCCAACCGAGAGUUGAAGGAAGGUAGAGGAGGAGGAGAAGAAGAAGAAGCAGAGAACCCAGGGCAAGCUUGUUGCUUCUUCCCUCCCGAGCUUUCCCUUUGUUGCCUCUUCAUACCUGGAUACCUGGAGGAAACGACUUACCUGCUUCUCCCCCUCCCCCAGAAGGCAUCUUCUCUCAUGGGAGAAACUGGGCCCUGGUGCCCUGGUUGCUGACUGCCUUUCUCCCCUUCCUUUUAACCUCCUCAAAGCCACAGCCCUGCCAGCGAAGGUUGGCAUCCUGGCUUCCAACUUCUCCCCACUCUAACCCACUGGAUCCCCCCCCUUCCCCUCCUAUUUCUCCCCAGCCCCACUCCAUGGCAACCACCACAGCUCCCUCCAUGUACCCUGAGGAGGAAGCUGCGCUUCGGACCCCUUUCCCUCUGACCCCACCUGCCCUGGGGGACGAGUUCUAUCCCUUUGGGGGCGAGCGGCAACAGACGUUUGGGGGCGAUGUGGCUGCUGGGGACGGGGACCCCGAAGAGGCGGACUUGGGGUUGUUGCUGCAGAGGAAGGAGCAGGACCUGCUGCUGGCAGCUGAGCUGGGGAAGAUGCUUCUGGAACGCAAUGAGGAGCUGGAAAGGCGCUUUGAGGAACUAGCCAAGGAGCACAUGGAGACCAAAGAGCGACUGGAGCAAGAGAAGCAUGAACUCCGCCUGCACCUUGAAUCCGGAAGGGCUGAAUUUGAGACUCGCGUGGCGGAGCUGGAGACUGACCUGACUACAGUCCGGGCCCAGCUGGGGCAGAAGCGCAUGGAGCAGCAGGACACUAGCCGGGAGAGCUCGCAGGCCGUCCUGGACCUCUCAGAGCAGAACCAGCGCCUGGUAGAGCAGCUUAGUCAGGUCACACACCUGGAGCAGCGGCUGCAGGAAGAACUGGCCUUGUUGCGUGGGGAGCAUCGGACCUUGUCCCUUAGCAGCGCUGAACACGCGGCCAGGACACAAAGCCUGCAGGCUGAGAACCUUAUGUUACAAGAGCGGAAGCGAGAUCUGGAGAAGCAGACCCAUCAGCUGCGGGAGGAGAACGAAUCGAUCCAGGCGCUGGUAGACACACUGCACAACAACCUCCUCCUCCUCCGUAACGAGAGCCGAGAGAAGGAGCUGCGGAUGCAGCAGGUUGAAGUGGAAGCUGAGGAGCUCCGGGCCUCCAACCGUCGCCUCCAGCAUCAGGUCAAGGAGAUGAAGGAGGAGAUCCGCCUGCACGAUUUAGACACUUCAUUCACCUCCAUCCAGUCUGAGAUCGAAAGUAGCUUGGAGGAUGCUCCUGGCGCACCGGGGAAGGCCCCUAAGCUGAUGGCCAAUGGCACCUGCAAUGGUUCCUGGCAUACCCCCACAGCGGCAAAAAACUCCUCAAAGAGAGUGGAAGAGGAAGGAAUUGACUAUGCCAAACGGGUGUCAGCCUUGAGUCACCAGGAGCAGGAUUUGCUGAGGCAGAAAGAAGCAGAGAUCAUGAAACUUCAGGAUCAGAUUACACUACAGUAUGUAGAACUCUGCAAUUUAAAGACUGAGAUCAAGAGCCAGAGGCGACUGUAUCAAGAAAGCAACCGGGACGAAGCACUGAAAUUAGCCAUAGUAGAUCGAGAUGAGGCCAUAAUAAAGAAAGGCGAAAUGGAGUUGGAACUGGCAAAAGUCUCCCUGGAACGGGAUUCCAUGAGCCAGCAGCUAUUGCGUGUCAUUCGCCAGAAGAUGGCCCUUUCCCAGGAGCUGGAAGCUUGGCAAGAUGAUAUUCAGUAUAUCAUUCACCAGCAACUACUGCAGAAGCACCAGGAAGAGACCCACCCCAUCACUUCGUCGCCCAGAAGCCCGGCAGAAGGCAAGAACCCUCCUUUCUAUCGCCGUGGCACCAGCAUCCCCAAUGGCACUGGCUUCUUCUCACUCUUCCGGAAAAGCUGAGGAGCUGGACAGGUGGUGGAGGGAAUAUAAACGCCAGAACUCAUUGGUGGCGGAAGUGGCAGCUGUCGAUGAGACCAAGACUUGAGGUGGCCAGGGCUGAAAUGGCUUCUGGGCCUCUUAGCAGCUUGUCAACUAACUCCAGGCCAAAGGAAUUUGUUCUCCGGUUCCAUUACGUUGCUCAUAAUUGAUCCCCUGUUCACACUCUAUACACACAGAGGAUACUCACAUGUGUUGUAAUAGGAGCAGAGCCACACUGCCGGUCCCAAUAGCGGAGAGUUGAGUGCAGAGAUCUGUGAGUGUAAAAGAACCAGCAUGCAAGACAUACUCCUUGCACAGAUCUUGUGGGUAGGUGGGGGGCUAGCCCAGAACAUGAUGUCAGGGCGGGCCCAGGAGUUUUGUUUACAGGCAUCCACACUCAAUGUGCGGAUAUCACAUGUGUAUGGCUAGCCUGGGGCCACGAUGUCAGGGGUAGGGUCAGGGGGUCCUUUUGUACUGGAGAUGUGCUUUACAGGUGAGAGAAAGGGAGAGAGAAAGACAGGGAGAUUGGAAUGUCCAUUGCAGUAAGGCAGAAAGCCCUAUGUAUUAGGAAGGAAGGGGAGAGAAAGAGAGAAGUUAAUAAGGAAUAUGGGGUGCUGGCAGUGGAAGGGAGUAAGAAAGUAAGUAAGUUGAUAAGAGUAAGUUGAUGAGAAAGAAGGGGUGGGUAGGAAUAAAAGGUAAUUAAUAAUGACAAGAAGUGUGGGGUUCUGCUACCCCCCCACUUUUGCCCUUUGGGCAUGCCCACUUUGACAUGUGGCCCCCGGAGUGCUGGCCUUUGGGCAAUGCGGCCCUCAGCCAGAAAAAGGCCAGCUGCCCCGUUUUACAUUUUACAUGUUUAUCUAUGCUCAGUGCGCAGGCAGGAGGUGCAGGAUAGGAUGCUGGGAGCUGGCCCAGCAGUGCAACUCUGUUCCUAUUGCAACACGUGAGCUGGGCUCCUAAGAACAUCGGAAGAGCUUGCUCUGCUGGAUCAGUCCAAAGGCCCCUGUCGCCCAGCGUUUUCCCAGCAGCCGGCCAGAUGCCUGUAGGAAGCGUGCAAGUACUACUACUCUCCCUACCUGAGGAUGUGGUAUUUAGAGGCAUCCUGUCUCUAGCAAUGGAGGGAGCUUUCAUGGCAUUUCUCCGUCAGCGAGACUGACACGCUGAGCUGUCCAUCUGAGUUUUAAUGAUAGACCAAUUCCAGCACUAAUGUGACUAAUGUGGUGACAAGAUAUUUCCUUGCAUUUUAAUAGUCUGCUUGGAACAACUGUGGGUUCCAAGUUACGCCCUCAGAUCAGCCGGUCCUGUCAGUCAGGGCCCUAAGUACCUAACAAAACGAUUCAUCUGAAAUCGGGGCACUUGUAUCCAACUGGCGAUAAGAGUUACCACAGGCCACCACCACCGAUUGGAUGGCAUCAGCAGGCCAAAAAGCUACAGUGGGGCAACUAAAACCAAUCACAUGAUUGGGUGCCGUUUCCAAUGCCAGUGGAAUUGCUCGCCAUAUAAAUAAACUAGCUUAUUUUGCACCUCUCUUCUUCUUCUUUUUUAAAGAAAUACCUUUAACUUCCCAAUGCCAGCUGGCCUGUCUGUGUUCCAGCAGAUGUUCCAAGUUUGCCCAGCGAGAGCCAUGAUUCAGCUAAGUGGAUUUUUCUAGAGGACCUUGCAGAUGCAAACCUGCAUUGUCGACAUCGUCCAAAUUUCCUUUUUGUAAAUAAAAAUAAAAAUAAAUUCACUAGCCUUUUACUCCCUUUCAGACUUAAAAGCUCUGGGGCUGGCUAGAAUAAUAUUUCCCUCCGUAGUGAGUGGGGGGGAAUUAAUGCUGACUUCUUAGAAGUCUGGGGAUAAACGGCUGACAAACCGUUAGCCACGGGAGAUUAGCGGUACUUGAUGAUCCCUCCGAACGUUCUAACUGUACUAGCACUUUACUUCCCUGCGAAACCCUGGUUUGCUGUUUUUGGGGCAGCUUCCCAUGCUUUCUCGUGCACUGACGCCACAUCAACCCUAUACAGUACGUUUGAAGCACAACAGCAUCCCCCAAAGAAUCCUGGGAUUUCAGUUUGUUAAAGGGGCUGGGAAGUAUAGUUCUGCCUGUGGGUGGGCAAACUACAAUGCCCAGAAUUCUUUGGGAAGAUUGCUCAGUGAGUAGAGCAUGAUACUCUUGGGGUUGUGGGUUCGAGCCCCACAUUAGGCAAAAGAUUCCUGCACUGCAGAGGGUUGGACUAAAUGACCCUUGGGGUGUCUUCUAACUCUACAAUUCUCUGUUUCUAGAAAUUUAAAUGUGCUUUAAAUGUAUAUUCUGAACAUGACUGAAAAUGAGAGGUUCUGAAGGCGUGCCUUUCUCGGAGAUUGGGCUUUCCUAAAUGUGGGACACCCUCUGUAUUCAGUAGUGGAGCCAGUUACUAUGAGGAGGAGGCAUAAGGUGGAACCUUGCAAAUAUCUCUUACAAACUCUGCACACCAGCAGGGGGGCACAAUGACGCCCCUUCAGUAGGCGGCAGUAUUACCCACGGCACAUUAGGGGCCUCGCUUUAUCUAGAUUUUCCUUGCUGUUCAUUUGGGGGGGGGUGAUGAAUAAUCUGUGCCCGGUAGUCGGUGACUUGUGCAUACAUUUAUGCAAAUGAACAAUUAUUACUUUGUCACGUGGGCACCCCCAGCAGAGGGUACUGCCGUACUUUCAUCUCCUUCCACCCUUUCCCCUUGCUGUUGCAAAAAAGGGGGGAACCCCCAAACCGAUACUAUUUUGCCAGUUUCACUUUUCAGCUGCUUAGGACAGGCAACAAUUUGCAAAGCAAAGCCGCUGGGAAGAGCCAAGACAAGAGAAAAUAUUUAUCUACGAAGCAGAAGAUGUAUAUUGUUAUAGAAUAUUUUUGGCUGUAUAUUUUGUUAAUACAAAUUUAAUACUAUUCUGUUUAUUAAAUAAAGAAGUAUGGUUCUUAAACCUCACGCCUACCUCGCUGUCUGCUCUUGGGAAGCAGGUUCUUUGGGAGGGAGGUUGCGGCCUACUCACACAGAGCAGGGAAUGCUGGGAAGCCUAGAGAAGGUUGGGAACCAAUAAUUCUAGGAAAUUCUAAGGAAACAGUGCUUAAGUUUGCAAAACUUUAUCUCAGCCAACUUGUAGUCAGGGCCUUGGAUGUCGCCUGGAAGCUGCACAUGCUCAAAGUUGUGAGCUGGUGACACGCUGCAACAUUUUGUUAUUGGGGGGGGGGCUCACUUGUACCUUCUGAAAGCCAACCUGGAGAGAUUAACAAAAAUGCUGUUUCUGUUUUAAUAGGCAGACUGCUUUUUCCAUCACCCCUCAACAGUCGGGGUGGGGAAUAACUACGGUAUAUUUCCUGUUACCAUCAGAUUGAAUUUUAAACCAAUCUGAUCAGAGUAUUAUUCUUUG